AUGCUUGAACUGGACCAGCAAGUGCAUGAUUACGAGGCGCAUAUAUUGCCCAGUCUGAGAAAAUAUAUCGAGCUCCGAAAGGGUCUGGAGGGUAAAUUCGAUGCGGUGCAGGAGCAGCAGCAACAUCGACUUCUCCACACCGUGCACGCUGGUCUCUAUGGCAGAGCGGGGCACGAAGGUCCACGUGUAUCCCGCUGGAUGUGGACAUGUAUCUCGCGCGCGAGGGCGACCUGA